UUCAUCUGCACACGUCCCGGAAGUAGGCGCUUGUUGACCAAGAACAUUGGCUGGCUUGUUUCGCUUCCUGAGCCCACAUUUCGUCUGAGAAAGGUAAACAAAGAUUACAUACAAGAAUGUCUCGCAAUCCGUUCCCUACCACCCAGAUGCAGAACUUAUGGAAAGAGGCGAUAGAGAAGGAAGCCCAAGCUCGACUCAACGCUUUCGCCCGUCUGAAGGGAAAGCCUCGAACCAAGUCCAACCAGCAUGAGGUGUACUCCAAGCGAAGGGAGCUAAACAAACAAGCGUUGUUCGACGUCUUACCUCCCCUAGUCACUGAAAAACGCUACGGGUACAUCGACCCUAGAUUACUCCCCCCUCCCGGGGAGGAUUUUUACUUCAGUCGACUGAACGAGGCAAGCGAUGAGAACCUCUUCGCCCGACCCGUGUCUCCAUUGGUUCGUGAUACCCUGUACGAAGGGUAUUCGAGGAUAGGUCAAGGCCGUAAGAUUUACCUGAAGCAGCGGAACGAUAAGAAUCCCGAGGACAAGUUCCGGUUCCCGGUCUGCUCGUCCUGGGACUACGGCUGGAGGUUGGGUGACGUCAUUAGGACCGAGGACAUCGUCAAGCCGGAGUUUGCCCAGUACAUGAUCAUGGAGAGGACCUUCUACUCCAAGAACGGGCUGGGCUUCCAGAAGGAUGGCUGCACCGGGUUCCACUAGGACCAGGUUGACGUCCUUUGUGAAUUCCUAAAUUGUCUUCUCAAUUUUGCACGGCCUUACGUGGUACAAACUCAAAUAAUUAAAAUACCCUUAAUGAGGGAUC